UGUAUGAUGGUGAAGUUUGUUUUACAAUCCAAACGAAUGCGUUGAAACGAGGCGAAAUAAUGAGGGUCGAAAACUCGACGUCUACUUUUAUAUGCUUGUUUCGACGCAGGCAACCAAUCAGAAGCCCCGAAAGAAUAGGAAAAGCAAGAAUGGCAAGAAGAAAGCACCCCUCGUGCGGGUAUAAAAGUGGCAGUCCGCCAGCGGAAGGCAUCAGUUUCAUUACAACCGUAGUCGAACACCGAACUAAACAUACAAAAUGACUGGCCGUGGUAAGGGAGGCAAAGGACUAGGAAAAGGAGGCGCUAAGCGUCAUCGCAAGGUUUUGCGUGAUAACAUCCAGGGUAUCACCAAGCCCGCCAUCCGUCGUUUGGCUCGUCGUGGUGGAGUCAAGCGUAUCUCUGGUCUUAUCUACGAGGAAACCCGUGGAGUGCUGAAGGUAUUCCUGGAAAAUGUCAUUCGUGAUGCUGUUACCUACACUGAACACGCCAAGCGUAAAACCGUAACCGCCAUGGAUGUUGUCUACGCUCUGAAGCGUCAGGGACGUACUCUGUACGGUUUCGGAGGUUAAAUCGUAUCCAUAUUUCCGCUCUCAAAACGGCCCUUUUCAGGGCCACCAAACACAUUCCCAAAAGAGUUAUCAGGUCAAAAUUCAAUUACUAAUAGCAGUCUGCCAUCGUACGGUGUUAUGUAUCCAACAAGCAAGUUUUUGAUUGCCGUCAUGAACGACUCGUAAACCCCUCCUCCCGACACAUUCUCCGUUUCAUUCGUAGCCAUCAGGCUGUGUGUUUUGUUGUUGCUCUAGAGUUCAGAUAAGUUUAUUCCUGUUUUCCAAGUUUACGCUGUAUUAGCAGAGCGAAUACGAUUAGCAGCUCGACGAAAUCUCAAGAAACAGUUACUACCUAAAUCGUUCGUUUUGACGCCUUCAACUAUCCACACAAGUUCCAUCUAGCUUCAUACCACUCACGUGCAUGCAUCUCCUACCCGGACUUCAUUGCCAGGUAGCAAUCGUUCGUGCUGAUUCUGCAUAACUGUUGUUGUUGGGCAUGCAUCUCCUACCCGUGUCAUUCGUAGCCAUCAGGCUGUGUGUUUUGUUGUUGCUCAAGAGUUCAGAUAAGUUUAUUCCUGUUUUCCAAGUUUACGCUGUAUUAGCAGGGCGAAUACGAUAACCAGCUCGGCGAAAUCUCAAGAAACAGUUACUACCUAAAUCGUUCGUUUUGACGCCUUCAACUAUCCACACAAGUUCCAUCUAGCUUCAUACCACUCACGUGCAUGCAUCUCCUACCCGGACUUCAUUGUCAGGUAGCAAUCGUUCGUGCUGAUUCUGCAUAACUGUACCAUUCCGUUUUUGCUUGUUUUGCUUAACUUCAUUUUUUUCGGUAUGCGUUGUUGAGCAUCUGGCGCAUACCACCGUGCAGUGAUUGAUUGUAUAUAAUGAAUGUGUGUCAUCAUAUUUCACUCAUCUUAAACAAAACUAUGAAACCAGUUGAUAAUCCGUUUUCGACUGAGCACCCACAAACCGCUUCCAACGUCGUCAUCCACAUCGUUAACACACCCAGAUUGUGGUGCAAAAUUACUUCGGAAACGCGCGAAAACUAACUCGAGUGAUCUGUGCAAUCACAAAGCACCAUGUAAGCAUGGUAUUCGCUAAGAGAUUUGAGUCCGAAUUCAUGUUCUACUACAACUAGGCUGUCAAGGACAAGUGACGAACUCAUUAUGGCUUCAUCGAAUAGUGAUCGUAGAACAGAUUGUUUGUGAGCUUUUAAAAAAUGGGAAAAUCUUAUAAAUUUUUAAUAUUUGCAUAUAAAUUCUCAAAUUUACUUGAUUCCAACGAAAAUAGCUUUGACGCGAAGUGUCAUACUAAUACUCUUUACUUCUGCAUUCGGUUUGCUUAACUGAUUGACAGAAACUUUGUUAUUUCGUUCAGUAUGUUGUGGGUCACGCACUAUCAAAGUUACCCCGUUUUACGGUAAUGCCAACUUUCGACGGCAAAAUUUAAGAUAAAAAUGUUUUCUACAGUGUGCAGGAAUAAUCAGAUUAUACUCCACAAAACUACCAAAGUUACCCCGCCUUGCGGUAUGAUUAAGUUUGUAACGGUUACCUCAGCUGAGAAACCUGAUAAAGUCUAGAAGAACACGGUUUUCCUCAUUCAAAACUGCAUUUCGAUAGUCCCGAAGAUGGGGAUCAGUGAGAGAGGUGGGUCCAUGUAUGUAGUGGAUCAAAACACUACAACAGCACUUUAUCUGCUGGGUAAGUGAACGGUAUGUUACUGAAAGCAUACUUUUUGGCGUUUCUUUCGGAAUCUAUGGUAUGGUAUGGUUUUCAACGGCAAAUCGACGCGCGUACAGUAUGGCUCAUAAAAAAAAAAAAAAAAAAAAAAAAAAAUACGGAAGGUGCAA